CGUUGGUGAAUAGCCUGAGCGAACUGUGUGGAUUCGUAUGGCUGGUUCGCUGCUGUUUCAGAGGGCCAUGGGGCAAAGGUAAAUAAAGACAGGAGGGUCACCAGCGGAACGUUUAACGUUAACUUUACACUUCAUGCAACGACAACACGGGUUCGUUUACCUCAACCGUAUUGUUAGCAGUCUGCUAACGUUAGUGGCUGUCGUUUUUACGGCCAUAUUUAUCAGUUAACGGAGGGGAGGAGAGGUGACAACGUCGCUUGUACAGAUAUCUGAAGUGUCAUUCUGGGCUUGUCUGACUCUGUAUUGCCAUGGCGAUGCGGGAGUUAGUGGAAGCCGAAUGUGGGGCGGCCAAUCCCCUCAUGAAACUAACUGGUCACAUGACCCAAGAAGGAGGGGCUUGGAGACACAGAUCAACACCCACUAUUCCUCCUACUCCAAUUGAAAUAGCCACUGAAGAGGAGCUGGUGAGUGAAUUUCUACAGGGCCCGCAACGGCCUCCUCACAGUUUUGAUAUGGGCCAACUGCUGGAAGAAAUGCAACAGAUAGAUCAACAGAGUUACAGACAGGCUCCUCAGAGAGCUCCUGAUGUGGCUGCCCUGGCGCUGUCUGGUGAUUGGGCGGCCGAGUUUCUUUCUAACGCCGACUCCGCCGCUUCUCCCGGACAGGCUGGUCUGGAUCCAGCUGAUGCUGAUUGGACCAGAGAAUUUAUCAGUGAUGUGGAAGACCCCGGCCGCUGGGCAGAGGAGUACCUUGAGCAAUCAGAGGAGAAGUUGUGGCUGGGAGAUUUGGGAGAUAGAGAGCAAGACAAAGAAUGGACACAAGAAUAUCAGGCAGGGGAUGAACUAAGGCAGACAGCAAAUGAGCUCCUUGCCAAAGUGGAUGAUCCUAAACUAAAGAACACAGAGUUCCUGCGGUUCAUUAGGCAGAUUGGCGAGGGCAGUGUGACUGUGGAGGACAGAGCAGGAAAAGAGCUCACUGAUAGAACACAGGCCAAGGAGGCACAACACUGGGCCUCCAGCCUCAACCAGGUUUCGGCAGAUUCAGCAGAAUCUUGGGUGGAUGAGUUCGCAACUUAUGGGCCAGAUUUUCAACAGGCCAAGGCAGCAGUGGAAAGUGAUGUUGAUUUCUGGGAGAAGCUCCAGCAGGAGUGGGAGGAAAUGGCAAAGAGGGAUGCAGAAGCUCACCCUUGGCUCUCUGACUUUGACCAGAUGCUCAGUAGCUCUUAUGACAAGGGAUAUCAGUUUGAAGAAGACAACCCCUACAUGUCCCACGAGGAUCCAUUUGCUGAGGGCGUGAAGAGAAUGCAAGCAGGGGACAUUCCAGGAGCCGUGCGACUCUUUGAGAGCGCCGUGCAGAGACAGCCAGACAACCAGCUGGCUUGGCAAUAUCUAGGCACCUGCCAGGCAGAGAACGAGCAAGAGUUUGCCGCUAUCAGCGCCCUCCGGAGAUGUAUUGAGCUAAAGAAGGACAAUCUAACAGCCCUCAUGGCACUAGCUGUGAGCUUCACCAAUGAGUCACUGCACAGGCAGGCCUGCGAGACUCUUCGGGAUUGGUUGAGGCACAACCCUAAAUACCGGAAUAUCUUGGAGCAGCAUGAGCGAGAGAAGGCGAGGGAGAGAGACAAAGAGAGGGAGAGAUUUGGAUCCCUUCUGCCAGAAGCACUGUUUAAUGAAGUUCAGUCGUUGUUUCUGAGUGCAGCGGCCGCUGAUCCCACACAGGUGGACCCUGAGCUGCAGUGUGGGCUGGGAGUUCUCUUCAACCUGAGCGGAGAGUAUGACAAGGCUGUGGACUGUUUCACAGCAGCUCUGUCUGUCACACCACAGGAUUAUCUGUUAUGGAACAAGCUGGGGGCGACUCUUGCUAAUGGGAACCACUCAGAGGAAGCAGUAGCUGCUUACAGACAAGCACUGGAGUUACAGCCUGGUUUUGUACGUAGCCGAUAUAACCUGGGCAUCAGCUGCGUCAACCUGGGUGCCCACAGGGAGGCAGUAGAGCACUUCCUAGAGGCCCUUUCUCUGCAGAAACAGGCUGCAGGAGAUGGGGAGGGAGGUGCAGGUCGAGGACCAGGUGCAGCAGCAACAGUGAUGUCAGACAACAUCUGGUCCACUCUGCGUAUGGCGCUGAGCAUGAUGGGAGAAAGCUCACUGUACGCCGCCGCUGACCGGCGAGAUCUGGACACACUGAUGAGGCACUUCUGUCACAGAGAGGGAGAGACUGAAUGAAGUGUGGAGGGGUUGAAGGAAUGGAGGGAGAUAGAAUGUGAGUGUGGAGAGACAUGUUUUUACUUCAAGACUGGAGAUUUCAACAGAGUUACGGGGCCACGAUUUUGUCUGUGAUGAGAAGUAAGGAAGAAAUGAAAGUGAACGAAAGAGCGUGAAAAACCCGUUCAGCCCCAGCCCUGCAUUAAUAGACAGACAAAUGAACUAAAGCGCUUGAGAAAAAGUCCAAGGUACAUCAAUAAACACAAGACAGAGGAUGAAGUUCAACUACACUACAGUCUAACUACAGCUUUUUCACAGGUUUACACUGACAUAGAGCUUGUUAUUGUUUUUAUCAUUUUAUCAUCUUGACGAUCACAGUUUUUGCAAUUAUCCUUAUUAUUUGCUAUUAUUACAGUAAUAUAUCUCAUAUGGGACAAAUAAAGUCCCUGCACUGUGAGCUCAAAAAUACUUGCCUCUGUUUGAGUGGAGGGAUAUUGAGCUAUAAAUAUGUUCUCAAGCCUAAAUGUCAUACCGGUGAAAGUUUGUGAACUAAGGACAGGUUGUGAGUCUCAGUCAAGAGGUCUGAAAGCACUCUUUGCUAUAGGAAGUCUGCUAACGCUGUAAAAUAAUUUGCCUAAUUGUAAAUUCUACUUGCCAUAUUGUGUAUUGUAGCAUAAUUGUUGUAUUGCAUAUAGCCAAUUCAAGCUGUUAUAUGUAAUUCAAGCAAUAAAGCUUUGACUUAAAAAUGCAUAUCAUUAUUUAAACGU